AUGUCAAGCAAAACACCGAGAGAUCCUCGAUUAAGGAAACGUAAUAAAUGGAUGAUCUGUAUUUGUAUCGAAACAAACUUGCUCCAAGUGUUUUGGAACUCAAAGGAAUAUGCAGUUGGAGAGUUCUUCGAACGCUUGGAUCAGGAUGAUAAGAAAUGGACUUAUCUGUGUCUCUCCUUUCAUAAAGCCUAUUCGUCAGCUCGUUCCAUUGCAGAGGAGCUGGAACGGUCAAGUUGCAUAGACGAUAGUUUUGCUCAAGAGAGUUUUUGUCCAAGGAAAUUAAGAGAUGAUUUCAUAUUGCUGAAAGAUAUCAUCCGAUUAAUCUAUUUACGAAUGGAAAAUGCCAAACACAUCACACCGCCAGCUGCAGAAGUUCAGACACUUCCAACGGUUCAGACAGUUCAAGCAGUUCAAACAGUUUCAGCGGUUCAAACAGUUCCAACGGUUCAAACAGUUCCAACGGUUCAAACAGUUUCGGCGGUUCGAACAGUUCCGAAGCCGCUCCAAAAACCAUAUCCUCGAGCCGAAUCUCCGCUCAAUGGAAGAAGUCUCAUAGAUGAAUCACAACUGGAAGUUAUCAAAGACUGUUUAAAGUUCGUGCCUGAUGGGGAUAAACACUUGAGCAACUUCAUGAAGAAGAAGAAGCUCACGAAGACAGCCAUUCCAACUAAGAAGUUUUGUUCUCGAAAUACUCCAGACUCAGAGUAUCUAUACGACUUCUAA